GGCACCUUCCCCUGUGAAAAGAUAGCUCACAUAGCUGGAAGUCAAAAUCAGGGGAGAAAAUUUUAGAAGGAAAGUAGUGAUGGACCUGAUCCCAAACUUUUCCAUGGAAACCUGGGUUCUCCUGGGAAUCAGCCUGGUGCUCCUCUAUCUAUAUGGGACCUAUUCACAUGGAUAUUUUAAGAAGCUGGGAAUUCCAGGGCCAACACCUCUGCCCUUUUUUGGAACUCUUCUUAAUUAUCGCCGGGGCUUUUUUAAUUUUGAUGCAGAAUGUUAUAAAAAGUAUGGAAAAACAUGGGGCAUAUAUGAUGGUCUACGGCCUAUUUUGGUUAUUACGGAGCCCAGCAUUAUCAAAACAGUGCUCAUCAAAGAAUGUUAUUCUGCCUUCACUAACCGACGGGAUUUUGGUCCAGUGGGAUUUAUGAAAAAAGCCAUCUCUUUGUCUGAGGAUGAAGAGUGGAAGAGAAUAAGAACACUUCUGUCUCCAACCUUCACCAGUGGAAAACUCAAGGAGAUGUUCCCCAUCAUUAACCAGUAUGGAGAUGUGUUGGUGAAAAACAUGAGACUGGAAUCAGAGAAGGGCAAAUUUAUCAACUUGAAAGACAUUUUUGGGGCCUACAGCAUGGAUGUGAUCACUGCUACUUCAUUUGGAGUGAACGUCGAUUCCCUGAACAACCCACAAGAUCCCUUUGUGGAGAAAGUCAAGAAGCUCUUAAAAUUUGAUUUCUUUGACCCUUUGCUCCUCUCAAUAACCAUAUUUCCAUUCCUUACUCCAAUUUUUGAGGCAAUGAAUAUCUCUAUGUUUCCAAAGGAUGUCACAAAUUUUUUAAAGAAAGCUAUAAGCAGAAUGAAAGAAAGUCGCCUUCAAGAGAAACAACAGCAUCGGGUGGAUUUUCUUCAGCUUAUGAUAAAUUCUCAGAAUUCCAAAGAUGUGGAGUCUCAUAAAGCCCUGUCUGACCUGGAGCUUGUGGCCCAAUCAAUUAUCUUCAUUUUUGCUGGCUAUGAGACCACUAGCAUUGCUCUUUCCUUCAUUUUGUAUGAACUGGCCAUCAAUCCUGAUGCCCAGACCAAACUGCAGCAGGAGAUUGAUGCGGCUUUGCCCAAUAAGGCACCUGCUACCUAUGAUACCGUGUUACAGAUGGAGUACCUGGACAUGGUGGUGAAUGAAACUCUCAGGUUGUAUCCAAUUGCUGGCAGACUUGAGAGGGUCUGUAAGAAAGAUGUUGAAAUCAAUGGAGUGCCCAUUAGGAAGGGAACAGUGGUGAUGAUGCCAAGUUAUGUUCUUCAUCGAGACCCACAGCACUGGCCAGAGCCUGAGGAGUUCCGCCCUGAAAGGUUCAGUAAGAAAAACAAGGACAGCAUUGAUCCGUACAUAUACAUGCCCUUUGGAAAUGGCCCCAGAAACUGCAUUGGCAUGAGGUUUGCUCUCAUGAAUAUGAAACUUGCUCUUGUCAAAGUAAUGCAGAACUUCUCCUUCCAACCUUGUAAGGAAACCCAGAUUCCCCUAAAAUUAGCUGAUCAAGGACUUAUUCAACCUAAAAAGCCCAUUAUUCUGAAGGCUGUGUGCAGAGAUGGGACAAUAAGUGGAGCCUGAACUUCCCUAAGGAUUUGUGCAUUGUUGUCCUCAGAGCCUGGGACCCACAACAUCAGAGAACAAAAAUGUAUUUUGUGAAGAAAACUCAAAAUGAAGAUUUACUUAUAUUCCUCAAUUGAUGAAUGAUAAGAGAUGCUGGACCUUUGCUGAGCUUGCUCAGGGUCUGUGCAGAGUAUUAUCUAUUUUCUGAUGGAAAGGAGGUGCCCAUCUCAGUGCCAGAUGUGAAAUAAGAGAAUAAAUAAUUAUUACCAAAUUUGUCAACAAUUUUUAAUGAAAAUGAGGGUGGUUGUGGUGGCUUUUGUAGUGACAUUGAUAUAUGAUGUCUUACUUAAAAUAUGCUGUGAUAAGUUUUAU